AUGGUUACGUUAGAAGAGAUUUCCCAGCUCCUUUACGGCGCAGGGGAGGCCACGGCUGGCUGGCAGGGCACCCAGGAUGAGCUGAUUGCAUUGGCUGCAAAAGCGUUCCCAGGGAAGCCAUUUUGCGUAGUACGGCAAUGGAUUUUGAUCGACCUUACGGUUAACCCUGAUGAGAAAGAAAAGCUCAUGGGCAUCGGUCUACUUCCGGUCACCCUAUAUGCACAUGAGGUCGUUCUCGACAGAAGAAAUCGAUUUCAGCCUGGCAUGUGGGUGCGCAGCAAUUUCGGCCUGUCUUUCACCGAAGGCAGCAUGUUUGAAACCAAGAACACCGUCUACCUCCUCUGGGGCCCAGGGCAGCGAAAAGAAGCGACUGUGGGGGCUGCGUUUUCCAUGAAGGCCGUU